AAAACGUCGCCGGCGUUUGUCCUUUAUUUUAAGAAUCCGAAGCCGGCCAGCCCUACUUUUCUCAUUCAAAAAACGACGUCUAUUUUGGUAAUCACAAAGGCGUUUUCCGCCUCUUUCACUGUCCUAAACGCUGAAAGGUCCUCCAUUUUGGCGUGCAAACCGCUGCGCGUUCUUGACAAGUACCUGAUUUGAUCCUUCGACAGCCACCCUCCGAUGACGAAACAAUCCCCCCCGGGCCCCACUCCCAUCGCACCUGGCGUCGUGAGAGAAGAGACCCUCUUCCGUUACGGUUCAUAAUAAUCCUCUGUUUCAGACCUCCUCCUUAAUUAAUUCUCUCUUUCCCUUCUCCACCAACUUCUGUUCAUUCAAUCUCUAAUCUUUUCGAAAACCAAUGACCGCCGCAGACCCGAGUCCGAUCCCAUGGCCCACGAUCGGGUGGGUCGUGUCGUGGUACGCCUCCAACAUCGGAGUUCUCCUGCUGAACAAGUAUUUGCUGACCAAUUACGGGUUCAAGUACCCGAUUUUUCUGACGCUGUGUCACAUGACGGCGUGUAGUGUUCUCAGCUACGUGGCCAUAGCGUUGAUGAAGGUGGCUCCUAUGCAGAGCGUGAGGUCCAAGGUUCAGCUGGCGAAGAUCGCGGGGCUCAGUGUCGUUUUUUGUUUUUCGGUGGUGUGCGGGAACGUGUCGUUGAGGUACCUUCCGGUGUCGUUUAACCAGGCCGUUGGCGCCACCACGCCGUUUUUUACCGCGGUUUUGGCCUUUUUGAUGAUCAAGAAGAGGGAGGAGUGGGUUACGUACAGCACCCUCAUUCCGGUCGUCGCCGGAGUCAUCAUUGCUAGUGGGGGUGAACCAAGCUUCCAGCUCUUUGGGUUUAUUAUGUGUGUUACUGCUACGGCUGCCAGGGCAUUCAAGUCGGUGCUUCAACAAAUUUUGCUUUCUUCUGAUGGGGAAAAGCUGAACUCCAUGAACUUGCUGUUAUACAUGGCACCAAUAGCUGUAAUUUGUUUGCUCCCUGCAACAAUAUUGAUGGAGAAAGAUGUUGUUGGGAUCACACUAGAUCUUGCCAGAAAAGAUAUCAAACUUAUUUGGUACCUCUUGUUCAAUUCUUCUCUGGCUUAUUUUGUGAACUUGACCAAUUUCUUGGUCACCAAACACACAAGCGCUUUGACCCUCCAGGUAUUGGGGAAUGCAAAGGGAGCUGUUGCUGUAGUUGUUUCAAUUAUGAUAUUUAAGAAUCCUGUUUCAUUCAUGGGGAUGUUGGGCUAUGGACUCACUGUUGUUGGAGUCAUUUUGUACAGCGAAGCCAAGAAGAGGUAUACAGUUAAAAAUUGAGUUCAUGAACCUUUAUUUUUCGUGGGCACA